UCUCCUUCAACCCAACUACUUCUACACUGAAACCCUAGUAGAUCUCUGUUUCGUUUGAUCAGUAAUUCGAUCUUUCUCUAUCUCACUCUCGCAAAUGGCGCUUAAGCUUUAUGGAGUCCCGGCCUCAACUUGCACAGGGAGAGUGCUGUUCUGUCUCCAUGAGAAACAAGCUGAUUUCGAGCUUAUUCCUGUUAAUCUCAUGGCUGGGGAACACAAACAGCCUGCCUUCAUCGCUAAGAAUCCGUUUGGUCAGAUUCCAGCACUGGAAGAUGAUGAUCUCACUCUGUUUGAGUCAAGAGCAAUCACAGCAUAUGUGGCUGAGAAACUCAAGGACACUGGUUCUGAUCUGCUAAGGCAUUCAAACCCCAAAGAAGCUGCAUUGGUGAAGAUCUGGAUGGAGGUGGAAUCCCAGAGUUACAAUCCUGCUAUAGGCCCAAUUUUCUACCAAGCAUUUAUUGCACCAAUGAGGGGUCAGUCGGCGGAUCAGGCAGUGAUCGAUGCCAACUUAGAGAAGCUAGAGAAAGUGCUUGAUGUGUAUGAAGAUAGGCUGAGCAUAACCAAGUACCUUGCUGGAGAUUUUUACAGCCUAGCUGAUCUGCAUCACCUCUCAUACACUCACUACUUCAUGAAAACUCCUUAUGCCAAAGUGAUCAACGAGCGUCCCCAUGUCAAGGCAUGGUGGGAGGACAUUUCUUCCAGGCCAGCUUCCAAGAAAGUUAUGGAGGGCAUGUCUUUUGGUGCGAAAUAAGAUUUCCAUGUUGGGUAAUCUUUUUCAGUGUUUUUGUGCAGCAGUGUAUUAGAUUUCAGUCUCUGCACUGUUUUUGAAUAAACUGAAUGGAACAGUGGUGCUUUGAUCUCUGUUUCAAGCAUCUAUCCAUGUUUGUCUUAGCAUUCUCUCUUGUUUUAUCACAAGAUUAAUAGAAAGACUUAUCAUAUUUUAUCAGCAA